GACUGGGAGAACAAGUGGUUGACCUCCCAUCGGCUAGCGUUUCCAUCCACCGAGUUUACAACGAUCGCGACCUUCAGGCUCGUGCUGCUGCUGCUACCAGAUACAUUGGACCUUUAUCGGUCAGCCUGCAUGUGCACCUUGCGCAGUUCCCAUACAACAAGCAGGUUCCGGAAACUCAAUUCGGCCGAGUUUGGGCUUCCCAGACACUUUUUUUCUUUUGGUGAAAGCAAACCUGGAAAGAAAGCAAUCUUUCUCGGGAGCAGACUGUAGUUGCCUCGAUAUCUGUCUUUUACGAAAUGUCCUCAUCGUCAAAGCCCGCUCCUCCACGGCCGGUGCGUUCAAAAGAUGCCCGGUUGGAACAAAAGCUGGAGAAUACUCUUGUUGAUAGCGCAGACAGUACCAAUGUCGCUGGGACAGGUGUUGGUCGAUUCAGGUCGGAUCCACUUGGGUUUAUGCUUCGACUCACAUCCGAAUCAUCGGCUUUCUACGCGGGCGAAGGAUGGCGGGCCUAUCAAAACUAUAUCGGAAGUCGCAUAUUUUAUCCUGAAUAUUCAGAGGAGAUACGGAAGGCGUUGAUGACAUCAGAAAGGCUGAACGAUGCCGUUAAGAGGAUCGCUUUACAGAGAUAUCGCCAGCUCCACUCAAGCGUUGCCUCGAAAGACAAGCUUGCAAAGAGGGCGCACCGUAAAGCACGAGACGUUACCUUAGAGGAAGUUGAAAUAGACACACGCAAGCAACUUGUGAAGAUGAUGGAAGGCAUGGUUGCGGAUAUGAAUUCAAUGAGAACUAUAAAAGUCAUCGCAUUUGUCAUGAAUAAUAUGCUGGUGAGAAUGUACCACCAAGGCAUUCACAUCCGUGAGAGCGAGUUUGUAGAGCUACGGAAAUAUGCCCAAUAUGCGGAAAAGCAUAAGUUGUCGCUGGUGUUCCUACCAUCCCAUAAGAGCCACGUCGACUAUCUUGUUCUUAGCUAUAUAUUUUACCGACUUGGGCUCGCCCUUCCACACAUCGCGGCUGGUGAUAACCUGAACAUUCCCGGAGUGGGAUGGUUUUUGAAACAUGGUGGUGCUUUCUUCAUCAGACGCCAGUGGGGAGACGACGUAUUAUAUAAUACACUGAUGCGGGAAUACAUUGAGUUACUCCUUCAACGUGGCCACAACAUUGAGGUUUUCAUUGAAGGCACGCGGAGUCGAAUAGGGAAAUUGCUUCAACCAAAGUUCGGCAUACUCAAAAUCAUCCUGGACGCAAUAGCCAGUGGCCGUGUACGUGACGCAAUACUGGUCCCUAUGAGUAUCGGAUACGAUAAAGUUAUUGAGACCGAAUCCUACGUUAAUGAACUGCUGGGCACUCCUAAAGAAAAAGAGUCGCUAUUUCAGCUGUUGAACAAUGUCAAUAUUCUUCAGUUUAAGUGGGGCCGUAUUGAUAUCAGAUUCGCGAAGCCAUAUUCCUUGAAGGAAUACAUAAAUAGUCAAGUGGUUCGCCGCGGCUCGAGCUUCAACCCUAUGGGGAUUCCAGAGGACAAAAUACUGUUACUUCAGUCACUUGGCUUCAGGGUUCUAAGUGAUAUCAAUUCAGUCAGCGUCACUAUGCCCACAGCAUUAGUUGGGACUGUGAUUCUAACGCUGCGUGGCCGCGGCGUAGGUCGUGCUGAGCUAGUACGAAAAGUUAAUUGGUUGAAACGUGAGAUCCUAGCGAAAGGGGGCCGCGUGGCACAUUUUGGCGGAAUGUCCACAGCGGCUAUCGUUGAAAGAGCGAUUCAACAGAUGAAGGACUUGGUCGGCCAACGUACAGACCUUCUAGAACCAGUCUACUACCCCAUGAAACGAUUCGAACUGAGCUUUUAUCGCAAUCAAGUCAUCCACAUGUUCUUGUCUGAAGCCAUUCUUUCCACUGCCAUGUAUGCGACAGUCAAGGCAGGAGGUCCGGUCCACGCCCAACGAAUCCUUUUACGACCAGCAUUGCAAGAAGAUGUUGCGUUCGUGUCGCAGCUUUUGAAGUCUGAAUUCAUUUACGGGCCUGGUGGUCUGGAGAAAAACCUGGAUGAAACCGUAGAUAGGCUACACAAAGCAAACGUCAUCAGUAUUGAUGAGGACGUGGUGGCGAAUGGGGAUGGGGAGAAUGAAGUGCACAAAUGGAUUACGCUGAGCGCCGAAGAGCGGCGGAUUGGAAGAGAAACAUUUGACUUCUAUUGCUUUUUGAUGUGGCCGUUUAUUGAAACGUAUUGGCUGGCAGCAGUCAGUUUGUUUUCGAUUAUACCAGAUGCACCUCAUCCUGCAGACGGUGGUAGUCCUAUUCUGGAAUGGGUGGAUGAGCGCGUCUUCAUGAAUCGAGUCCAGUUCUUUGGGAAGACACUAUACUACGAAGGCGAUUUGUCGUACUUUGAGUCCGUCAACAAGGAGACCUUAAAGAACGCGUUUCUCCGUCUUAAGGACAUGGGCGUGCUCCUCAUCCGCAAGGGUCCGACACCUCCCUCGAAAACUGCGCCAUAUGUUGACGUGGAACCUCCAGUUCCCAAGCGGGAUCCGCGCUUACCUGUACCGAGUGGAGUCGUUCCUGUGGCCCCUCCACCUGCUCCGCCUUCAGGCCCGAUGAUCACCUGGGUAGCUAUUGCCCCUGACUACGUCCCACACGAUCGCCUGCCACCGGCACCCGACGUUCCGUAUGCGGAGAUAGCUGCUUCCCGGGAAGUGGCCGAGGUGACCUCGUCUGCCAUUGAUAUGCUGCAAGCGGGAACUUCUGCUGCCGCCGCGGCUUACUUGGCUGAAAAAGCCGCGAGAAUACGGAACAAAGAAAAACUGGCUGAGGCUGAGCAGAUGAUCGAGGCAGUUGAAUCGUCAUCCCCACAGCAAAAUGAGCCCAUGUCUACCACACAAACGGCCUCCACGAACCCAUCGUCAUCCAUAACAGCUUCUGCAGGUCCUCACCCCAGUGCGGACGGCAAUGACGUCCAAGAUGACGACAGAGAUCCCGCCUACGAAGCAUGGAACAACAUCCAACCGCAAUCUUCAUUGUGGGACUUUUGUGAGCAAAUAGGGCGGUUCCGCCGAGAGGGUAAAAACAGACGUGAUACGGCCACAGUCGCCAUCCGUGUCCUUCGCCUGGCAAGAGUUGCAGCUGGAUGGGUGGACGCCCGGCGUGGAAAAGGAAAGAGUCGGGGCGGGGGUCAAAAGAUUAAAAUCGAUCACACUGCAAAGAUUGCAAAAACGGGCUAUUAUGGCGGGGAUACUGCAACGAGCAAGCCACGACUAUGAUAAUGUUUGAUACGGACAAUCUGUGUUUAUUCGGGGUCAUAUUUAUAUUAUGAACAUAUGAGUUUUUACCGUUGUUUUGGAUA